CAUCGCUUAUACACAGAGAUGAAACAAAGGUUAUUCUCAACUCUGCGAAGUCUCCAGCAUGAGAAUCCAUUGGGCCUCCCCCGUUCCGGCGCGCCUCCAACGGUCCCCCGUAUGCAACGCGGACUCCCGCAACAGCGCAGCAUUCGAGAUGUUAGGAAGGUUAUUGCCGUCUCAUCGGCAAAAGGAGGGGUGGGAAAGUCGACAAUAGCUGUCAACUUGGCACUCUCCUUCGCACGUUCCGGCCACAGGACGGGCAUUCUCGACACCGAUAUCUUUGGUCCCUCAAUACCGACCCUUUUGAACCUCUCUGGCGAGCCCAGGCUAUCCUCGAACAGCCAACUUAUCCCGCUAUCAAAUUAUGGGGUUAAAUCUAUGUCCAUGGGAUAUCUGAUCCCUGAGGCCUCGCCAGUUGCAUGGCGAGGUCUGAUGGUCAUGAAAGCUCUACAACAGCUCCUUCAUGAAGUCGAUUGGGGCGGAUUGGAUGUACUGGUAAUGGACCUACCUCCCGGGACAGGAGACGUCCAAUUGACAAUCACGCAACAAGUUAAGUUAGAUGGUGCAAUUAUUAUCUCUACCCCUCAAGACCUCGCCCUCAAAGACGCCAUCAAAGGCGUGGCCCUCUUUAAUAAAGUAUCAGUCCCGCUCCUUGGACUCGUCUCGAACAUGUCCGCCUUUAUAUGCCCUACCUGCUCGACAUCACAUCCUAUAUUCGGCUCGCCGGCGCAUAUUGCGAAGAUGUGUGAGGAUCAGAAGCUGCGUCUGCUAGGGGAGAUCCCUCUACACCCCAGUAUAUGUGAGGACGCAGAUCGCGGAAAGCCGACUGUAGUCGCGGAACCAGAUAGCCUGCGAGCGAAGGCUUUCGAAAACAUUGCAAAGACGGCGGGAGAGCUUGUAGAACUGUAAAAGAGUGAGCAUGGUCGACGACGAGUGUACGUCAGCUGGCAACGUCGUAGUAUCGAGGGUACCAUCAAGAAUGUGUAUAAACACCGUAAGAAACGUACUGUGCAUGUUUCAAUCCAACCCAACAAGCCAACCCCUCAGAUCGUG